AUGAACGAUUCUAAUGAACAUCAUAUUAAUUCUAGAAAUAAAAAACUUAGAGAAAUUUUCGACAACCAUUUUGAUCGAUUAGAAAAAGACAUACAAGAGACUUUUAUUCAGGAUAAAAAUUCGAAAAAAAAUGAUAAAGACGACAAGAACAAGAAAAAUGUUGAUGAAAUACUUUAUGAAGUUAUGUAUUGUCUACAACCAGCUGUUCGUCCUCAUUUAACUGUAUUUGAUUUAAAUUCAGAUACUAAUUUAUCAGAAACAAUUUUUCGAAGUAUUUGUCGUUCACGUGAAAAAUUAACGAAAAUGAAAGAACAAGAAAGGAAAGAUCAAUUGGAAAUGGAUAGAAGAAGAUUGGCAAAAUUAGAUACUCAGAAACGAAUAACUGAUGAUCCAACAGAUCUUAAUAAGAUUAGAAAAAAGGAUCAAAAUAUAGAACGAACAAGACUACUUGCUUUAGCAAUGAAAUGGGAUUGUAUUAAAAUUGCAAAAGAAUAUAUUUUUCAAAAUUCAUUAGAUAGUAUUUUGAGCAAAGAUAAAUAUUUUAUAAGAGCUUUAAAAGACGAUUUACCAAAUUUUGUCUAUGAAUUUCUUAAAUUAGGAAUUGAACCAGCUGAUAUAUUCUUCCCAAAAAAACCUCGUUCUCAAGAAAGAUCUCAAUAUGCCAUAUUUAUUGAAGAGCUUUAUCAUAUGGAUUUAAAGGCUAAGGCUAAAACUCAUUUAAAAGAAUUUAUCGAAACUAAUAGAUAUAAUACUAAGAGCAUCAUAAAUACAGUUGAAUCACUUAAUCUGGUUCUUAAAAAUCUCAUUGGUGAUUAUAUGUAUGAACUCUAUUUUGACACACCAGAAGACGAACAAUACUACCGAAUAAAAAGGGGAUUGAUAGAAGUUUUUGUAGAGUCACAGCAAGAUAACUAUGAAGAUACUAAAAAUGAAAAAUCUUUAUUACUUAAGGCAAAAAACCAAACAGAACACAAUUAUAUAAUGCGUGACUUAUUUUUAUGGGCUAUACUAAUGAAUCGUAUUAAUAUGGCAAAAGUCCUUUUAUCUUUUAUGAAAAAUCGAAUAUGUCCAGCAUUGAUUGCAACAAAAAUUUUAAAAAAAUAUUAUUCGAUAGCAAAUUAUGGUGAUUUAAAAAACGAUUAUAUAAAGGAUGCAGAAUAUUUUGAACAAUAUGCAAUUAGAUGUCUAGAUCUAUGUGAUGAUAAUAAUGUUCAUAAAGCAUGUGAAAUCAUUUUACAACAAAAUGAACUUUAUGGAUAUGUUACUUGUCUUCAAGUUGCUUCUGAUGCGGAUGAUCAAUUAUUUAUUGCAGAACCAACUUGUGUACAAGCUAUGAAUAAUAUUUGGUAUGACAAACUCCAUCCAGAACAAACAAAUUAUUAUCAACGAUUGGCUUUGUUUUCGGGAAUUAUUUCACUUGGUCUUUUAGCUCCUGUUUUUGUUAAGUAUCGAGAAAACAAAGAGGUUAGAACAAAUCUUUAUUAA